AUGACUGAUUACGAAAUCUGUGCUGUGACUGGAUCAUCAGUGGUCAUGCCCUGCUCUUUCACUCAUCCUCAUGGGCUCACAGUCACUACUGUAUACUGGGUGAUUAAUGCCAAAAAGGAUAACAAACUCUCUGAUCUGUCUAAGAACCCAGAGUAUAAGGAUCGAGUGCAGUACAGUACAGAUAUAAAGGACAACUGCACAUUGACUCUGAGUGAUGUGAGAGUCACAGAUACAGCUUCUUAUUAUGCCAGGAUUGAAGCAAAGCAGAAAUGGAUGUCAGCUAAAGUCACCCUCACAGUCACAGGCGUUCCAGACCUUGUUGUCCAGAUUUCUGGAGCAGCGAUUGAGGGAAAAAAAGUUAAGCUGAGCUGCAUAAGCCACUGCACUUUGAAAAAAAACUCCAAGACAAUGUGGAAAAGCAAUGGGAAGAUUGUACCUGAUGUGCAAACAGACAACAAUCUGCUCAUACUCCACAACAUCAAGAUUGAAGACGAGGGCAUCUAUUCAUGUGCAUUGGAAGACCAGGAGGAUCAUCCAUCUCCACCAAUGAAGCUAAAUGUUAUGUACCCUCCAAAGAAGACCUCUGUUUCUGUGAGUCCUGAUGGUGAGAUACUUGAGGGAGCUUCUGUGACUCUGACCUGCAGCAGUGUUGCCAACCCACCAGUGGACAGCUACACCUGGUUUAAGACACAUGGACAAGCAACAUCUGUGGUGGGAUCAGAGCAGACCUACAACAUCCCCAUGAUCACCUCUGGACACAGUGGCAAUUACUCCUGUCUGGGAAAGAACCAGCAUGGUGGCCGUAAUUCUACAGAUGUUCCUCUGGAUGUUCAGUAUGCAUCAAAGAACACUGCAGCGUCAGUUAGUCCCUCUGGUGACAUUGUGGAGGGCAGUUCAGUGACUCUGACCUGUAUCAGUGAUGCCAACCCACCCGUGCAGAGUUAUACUUGGUACAGGAAGAAUGAAUCGGCAAUGUCAACGAUAGCAACACAACAGGUUUACAGCAUCAGUAAAUCCAGCUCUGAACACGCUGGAUUGUACUACUGUCAAGCAAAGAGCGUUCACGGGGCCACAAAUUCUACAGUUAUUCGUCUGGAUGUUCUCUAUCCGCCUAAAGGGACAUCAGUUUCACUCAAUCACACUGGUCACUUAGUGGAGGGCAGUUCAGUGACUCUGACCUGCAGCAGUGAUGCCAACCCACCCGUGGAGAACUACACCUGGUAUGUGAAGACUAGAGAUACAACUGCCCGACUAGGCUCAGGGAAGAGCAUCACCUUCAAUCUGACCUCCACCAAUGUUGGAUUGUACCACUGUGAAGCAAACUCUACAAUUGCCUCCCAGAAUUCUGCUUCAGUUGAAGUUUCUUUGGCAGCAGGCCCAAGGUGGCAAAGUGUGCCUUCUAUUGCUGGAGGAGCUGUUGCUCUCCUCGCUGUUCUCAUAGUGGCCUGGCUGUCGUGA